AUGUCGGUGCACUACGAUGUGAAUGCGACAAAGUCGUAUAUGAGAGCCAUGUCGUUUCUCCAAGAGUCAAUGGCUCAAUUGGGUGAUCUCGAUACGAUACCUAAGAUUCCCACAAUAGAUAAUGAUAGAAGUAGAAUUACCUCGAUUGACAAAAUAGUUGAUGGAUUUAAAUCGGUAAAGAUACAAGAUGUUGGUCGAAUUCUACCUGUUGGAUCCGAUUCCUUUUCAAAAAAUGAUGCCGCUGCUAAGGAAAUUGUACGAGAAUGUGAGACUUUGGGUGAUCAAGUGUUAGAUAUGAUACGUCAAGCGAUUGAAUUGAGUUCUGAGGAAGAAGAAUUACAAUCCCAAUUGUUUGAUAUUUUAGGGUUUGAAAAGUUUGACUUAAUAUCCAAGAUUUUGCAGCAUAAGGAUUCUUUGCUUCAGAGAAACAAAGAGAGUGUGAUCAUAGACCAAGAUCCAAAUAGAUUAUUGACCACCGAAGAAAGAGUUCAACUAUUAGUUGAUAACCAGAAUAGAACUAAGAACCAGAGGAUUCUCCCUAAACUGCUGUCUCGCCAGUAUCCGCAUGUGUUCAAAGCUCCAGACUCUGGAACAGGAAUGCUAUCAAGUAUUGGAAAGAAAUACGCCUUACCACAAGGCUCAACUCGUCAACAAUACAAUACUUAUGAAGAAAUAAUAAUUCCUGCUCCAGAAAGAAAGGCCAAUCGGUGGAUCACUAAGGAACAGUUGAUUAAGGUUAAUUCUCUUGAUUUAUUUUGUCAAGGAACGUUCAAAAACUAUUCGACUUUGAAUAUGAUGCAAAGCAUUGUAUUCCCAGUUGCUUACGAAACGAAUGAAAACAUGUUAGUAUGUGCUCCCACUGGUGCUGGUAAAACCGAUGUGGCAAUGUUAACGAUUCUAAGAACUAUCAGUGAAUUUUCUAAUGAAAUUCAACAUGAAGAGGGUAUGACACUUGACAUUGAUUACGAAGAGUUUAAGAUUGUAUAUGUUGCUCCUUUAAAGGCCCUUGCAGCUGAAAUUGUGGACAAAUAUUCCAAGAAAUUGGCAUGGCUAGGGAUUACCGUUAAAGAAUUGACAGGGGACAUGCAAUUAUCCAAGCAGGAGAUCAUGACAACUCAAAUCAUUGUUACUACCCCUGAAAAGUGGGAUGUUGUCACCAGAAAACUGAGUGGUGAUAACGAUUUAGUUGCAAAAGUUAAGCUAUUGAUUAUUGAUGAAGUCCAUCUCUUACAUGAAGAUAGAGGUUCUGUCAUUGAAACUUUGGUUGCCAGAACGUUGAGACAAGUUGAAAGUUCCCAACUGAUGAUCCGGGUUGUAGGUUUAUCUGCCACGCUUCCUAAUUUUAUGGAUGUUGCCGAUUUCCUUGGUGUAAACCGUCAAGUUGGGAUGUUUUAUUUUGAUGCAACUUUUAGACCCGUUCCCUUACAACAAAACUUGAUUGGUGUCAAUAAGAACCAACCAGAGAAUGAGGAAAGGAAGCCGCCAAUGGUAGUAAUACAACAGAAUUUAGAUUCUGUUUGUUAUAAUAAAUUGGUGGAGUAUUUAAGAGAGGGAAAGCAGGUGAUGAUCUUUGUUCAUUCCAGGAAAGAAACUGUCAAAACAGCUAAAACUUUUAUUAGAAUGGCCAGAGAGAAAGGUGAAACAAGACUUUUCUCUUGUGAAAAUUCAUCCAAGUAUUCAUUUUACUCCAAAGAAAUGGGCCAUAAGAAUAGAAAUAAAGACAUGAGAGAGCUUUUCCCCAGUGGAUUUGGUAUUCAUAAUGCUGGUAUGCUUAGAUCUGAUCGUAAUUUGACAGAGAGGAUGUUUAUGGAUGGUGCAUUAAAGGUACUUUGUACGACUGCAACAUUAGCUUGGGGUGUUAAUUUACCUGCUGCUGUUGUCAUAGUCAAGGGAACCCAAGUGUAUGAUUCUAAAAAGGGUGGUCUUGUUGACUUGGGAAUAUCUGACGUUAUCCAAAUUUUUGGUAGAGCUGGUAGACCUCAAUUUGAAGAAUUUGGUACGGGUAUACUUUUGACAACCAUCGAUAAAUUAGACCAUUAUGUCAGUUUAAUUACUCAACAACACCCGAUUGAGUCAAAACUUGCAGAGAAAUUAAUUGAUAAUUUGAAUGCAGAAAUAUCUUUGGGAACUGUGACUAACAUUGAAGAAGGUGUACAAUGGUUGGGUUAUUCUUAUAUGUUUGUAAGAAUGAGGCAGAACCCAUUUGGUUAUGGUAUUGAAUGGGCAGAGCUCAAGGAAGAUCCUCUAUUAUACAACAGAAGAAGAACUUUAAUAUUAACGUCUGCAAGAAGACUUCAUCACUUGCAAAUGAUUAUCUUUGAUGAGAAUUCCGGUUCUUUCACUUCCAAGAACUUGGGUAGAAUUGCUUCUGAUUUCUAUUUGUUGAACAACUCGGUGGAAAUCUUUAAUCAAAUGAUGAACCCAAGAGCUACUGAAGCAGAUGUGCUUGCAAUGAUCAGUAUGAGUAGUGAAUUUGAUGGGAUUGUGUUUAGAAAAGAUGAAGAAGGUGCACUUAGAAAGUUAUAUGAAACCAAUUCAGCUUGUCAAGUUCCAGGAGAUGUUGAGUCGCCACAGGGCAAAGCUAACAUCUUAUUACAGGCAUUUAUAUCAAGAGCUUCUAUUGGAGAGCCUGCUUUAAUUGCUGAUUCCAAUUAUGUUGCUCAAAAUGCUGCUCGUAUUUGCAGAGCUUUAUUUAAUAUUGGAAUCACCAGGAAAUGGGGUAUAUUUCUGAAGGUUAUGCUUUCCCUCUGUAAAGCAAUUGAUAAACGGAUAUGGGAGUUUGAUCAUCCAAUGACCCAAUUUGACCUUCCAGAUACGGUGUUGAAGAAUAUUCGAGAUAAGAACCCUUCAAUGGAUAUGUUAAGAGAAAUGAGUCCUGGUGAGUUGGGUGAUUAUGUCCACAACUCAAAGAUGGGCCACUCAUUAUACAAAUUGAUUGGGAAAUUCCCAUACGUUGAUAUCGAAACCGAAAUCUUCCCAAUUGCUACUAAUGUCAUGCGUGUUCAUGUGAACUUAUAUCCUGAUUUUGUUUGGGAUGAAAAGUAUCAUGGGACCGUUCAAAUGUUUUGGAUCACCGUCGAAGAGUCGAAUGCUUCAGAGAUUCUUCAUGUGGAAAAAUUGAUACUCAACAAAAGAUCCAUGAAAGGGAACCAUGAAUUGGAUUUUAUGAUUCCAUUAUCGGAUCCUUUGCCUCCUCAAGUUGUUGUUCGGGUUAUAUCGGACUCUUGGAUUGGAUCUGAAUCUGUUCAUGCAAUUUCAUUCCAACAUUUAAUUAGACCUCAGAAUGAAACAAUUAGAACCAAACUUUUGAGAUUACAACCAUUGCCAGUGACUGCGUUACAUAAUCCAGAUAUUGAGCUGAUUUAUUCCACCAAGUUCAAAUACUUCAACCCCAUGCAAACUAUGGUUUUCCACUCGUUAUACAAUACUAAUUCAAGCGUGUUUGUGGGUUCUCCAACUGGUUCUGGGAAAACAGUUGUGGCAGAGCUUGCAAUUUGGCAUGCUUUUAAUGAGUUCCCUGGUUCUAAGGUGGUUUAUAUUGCACCGAUGAAAGCUUUAGUCAGAGAACGAGUUGACGACUGGCGUGCUCGGAUUUGUUGUCAAACUCUGUAUAAAUUAGUUGAAUUGACGGGUGAUUCUUUACCUGAACCACAUGAGGUAAGAGAAGCCGAUAUUAUUAUCACCACUCCAGAAAAGUUUGAUGGUAUAUCUCGUAAUUGGCAAACCAGAAAGUUUGUUCAAGGUAUUUCCUUGGUUAUCAUGGAUGAAAUCCAUUUAUUGGCGAGUGAUAGAGGUCCUAUUUUGGAAAUGAUUGUUAGUCGUAUGAACUAUAUUUCUUCCCAAACAAGAAAGCCUAUAAGAUUGUUAGGAAUGUCUACUGCUGUUUCCAACGCCUUUGAUAUGGCAGGUUGGUUAGGUGUUAAAGAAGGGUUAUUUAACUUCCCUCAAUCUGUACGGCCUGUUCCAUUGCAAAUGUACAUUGAUGGUUUCCCGGAUAAUAUCGGGUUUAGUCCCUUGAUGAAGAGCAUGAAUAAGCCAGCAUUUAUGGCCAUUAAACAGCAUUCUCCCCACAAACCAGUGUUGAUCUUUGUUGCUUCUCGUAGACAAACAAGACUUACUGCUUUAGAUUUGAUCCAUAUGUGUGGCAUGGAGUCCAACCCUAGACGGUUCCUUAAUAUGGGAGAAGAUGAACUUCAAUCUAUAAUGGAUAAUGUUAAGGAUGAGACUUUAAGGCUUGCUUUACAGUUUGGAAUGGGGCUUCAUCAUGCAGGGUUGGUUGAAUCAGACAGACAAAUCUCUCAUAAGUUGUUUGAAGCAGGGAAGAUUCAAAUCUUAAUUGCAACUUCGACUUUGGCUUGGGGUGUUAAUUUGCCAGCUCAUUUGGUGAUUAUAAAAGGAACUCAAUUCUUUGAUUCCAAAAUUGAAGGUUAUAGAGAUAUGGAUUUGACAGACAUUUUGCAAAUGAUGGGGAGAGCUGGUCGUCCGGCUUUUGAUACCAGUGGUAUAGCAAUUGUUUAUACGAAGGAAUCAAAAAAGGCAUUCUAUAAGCAUUUCUUGAACAUAGGGUUCCCUGUUGAAUCAUCAUUGCAUAAAGUACUUGAUGAUCAUAUUGGUGCUGAAAUUUCUUCAGGAACUAUUAAGACAAGACAAGAAGCUAUGGACUUUUUAACGUGGACGUUCUUAUACAGAAGGGCACAUAAUAACCCUACUUAUUAUGGAAUUGAAGAUCAAAGUACUAUGGGAGUUGCCAAGUACCUUGGAGGACUUAUUGACGAAACAAUAGAACAUUUACGUGAGUCAAAAUGUGUUUUAGUGAAUGGUAAAGAUGAACUUAUCUCCACCCCAUUCUUAGACAUUACUUCAUACUAUUAUCUUUCCCAUAAGACCAUUCGGAACUUUGUACAAAAAAUUAAGAAAGACUUUGGGUUUAGAGAAUGUCUUCAAUUGCUUUGCCAGGCUACAGAAUACGAUGAGUUGGCAACUAGACAUGGUGAAGAACUCAUCAAUAUGGAGUUGUCCCAAGUGUCAAGAUUCCCUGCUCAAGACUUGGAUUAUGAAUAUAUAUGGGACCCUCAUAUCAAGGCUUAUUUGUUGGUUCAAGCUUUUAUAAGUCGAAUUGAAUUUCCAAUUGCUGAUUAUUCCCAAGAUACAAUUGCUGUGCUUGAUCAGUCUCUCCGUAUCUUACAGGCAUUUAUUGAUGCUGCAGCAGAACUUGGAUACUUUAAGACUGUAAUGCUGUUUAUUAAGUUGAUGCAAUGCAUUAAGCAAAGGUAUUGGUAUGAUGAUGAUCCAGUGACCGCCUUACCAGGUUUAAUGGUUAAAGCCAUGAAUGAAAAAGCAUCAGAGACAAGUUUGGAAAACUUGGGUAACUUCAAUAGGACAAGGUUGGCUAAUUUAAGCGAAACCCUAGGGGUUACUUACAAUACUCAAGAUAAGAUGGCCAUUGAGAAGCCUUAUAUUCACAAUACUGAGGACAUGAAGAAUGAAUUUAUCACCAUUGCUUCCAAAUUACCGGUGGGUACGUUUAGUGUUGAAAAGACUUCUGAUGGGAACAAUAUCCAAUGUACUUUAGUCCACAAGAAUCCACCAUUGAACAAAGAUUUCAAAGUUUACUGUCCACAUUUCCCCAAACCCCAAAGAGAGUCGUGGUUCUUGAUCGUAUCUGAUCUACAAGAUGACGAAUUACUUGUGUUGAAGAGAGCCAGUCCCAAGAUGAUUGGCAAGAGGGGGAAGAUCGAGAGCUUGGUGACAAUUCCUCCGGAAUUGAAAGGUCAAGAAGUGAAAGUACAUCUCAUUAAUGAUGCUAUGGACUUACGGUAUUGUGAAAAUGUUAGUUUGUGA